AUGACAACUCCCCAUCUGCGUGAGAUGGGGCAUCUUUCGAUCCUCUUCGCAUCCAUGUUCACGAUGACUCGCUUCAAGCCAAUCAAGUUGGCGGUAGCGGUAUUCUGUACUUGCGUGGCCCUUGCCUUUCUCUUCAACAAGCAGGAUGGCUACCACUCGACCAGAAAGUUGAUCCACGCCGGCAGAUCUCGCCUAGAAAAUGCGAUGUUCGAGCGAAUAAAAAACGAGACAUUAGGGUUUCAGCACAUUUAUGCCAUUGGACUCAAGGAACGCACUGAUAAGCAUGAUUCGCUCUCCUUGACAGCCUCGGUAUCGGGGAUGAAGGUCGAAUGGCUAGAGGGCGUUCGACCGGGCGACGUAUCACAGAAAGCCCUUCCACAGGGAAUGAAUCAACCGGACAUACCCUACACUGUCGUCUUAUGUUGGCGCGCACACAUGAAUGCACUGCGCAGUGUGGUUGAAAAUAGAUACGCGACAGCUCUCAUAAUGGAGGACGAUGCCGAUUGGGACGUGUCCAUCAGGCCUCAACUGCGUGAGAUCGCUCGAGGGGUUCGCGAGCUUUCCGACAAUCAUAAAGCACCAAGAAAAGAGCCGUACGGCACCAACUGGGAUCUUCUUUGGAUUGGAGGGUGUGCCACGUUGCAAGGGAAGAACGAAACGGAACUAUAUGCGAUUCCCGACGAUCCCACUACUGUCGAUGUCUCCCGAAGGGGUCCAUGGGAGGGGCCAAUUGGGCCAACUGACGACUGGAAAAAGCAGCACCCAGAGGUUUCUAUCGACUCAACGCGGUUUGUCUUUCGGGCAGGCCAUGGUUGCUGUUUGUAUGGAUAUGCAGUGACCUAUGAAGGGGCACGAAAGAUCCUUGCGGCUCUUUCGCUCGAACGGAGUGCGGAGGUGGACAAUUCUCUGGGCGAUCUCUGUGGUGGUAAAAACGGUCGGCAGCAGAUCCGCUGUUUCGGAGUGUACCCCAACGUCAUUGGCACCUUUAAGCCGGCUGGGCCUAACUCACGAUCGUCGGAUAUCCAGAACUACACAACGGACGAGUGGCGAGAGGCGGAGUCGUGGAAUAUGGUGUAUAGCACGCGGAUGAACCUGCAGCGGCUGCUUUCGGGCGAGGAGACGGUGUAUUCGCAGUGGAACACCUCGUUUAUCCCAUGGUCCAAGGGGGAGAUCAAGCCACGGGAGUUGCAGUAUCCGAGGGGGUAUUUGGUGGGGUAG